AUACUUGAUUGGCACUGAGUCCGGGGAGAGGAGGAGUUAACUGUAUGCCUCAUUCAGCAGGGCUGACUGCUGGUCUCUCUCUCCUGCUCCAGUAACUGGAGGCACAAGUUCCUUCUUCACCAGCCUCAACUUCAGUUCUCAGGUCUGGGCUGCGUUCUGCUGCUACAGCCAUGGCACCCAAGAAGAACAAGGCCAACAAAAAGAAUAAAGGAGACAUAAAUGAAAUGACCAUAAUGGUCGAGGACAGUCCCAUCAACAAGAUCAACGGCCUAAACACGCUGCUCGAAGGGGGCAACGGCUUCAACUGCAUUUCGACUGAGGUUAACGAUUCUGCGUACGCCCCCAACCUCCUGGAGGGUCUGAGCAGCAUGAGGCACGAGAGCUUCCUGUGUGACCUGACAGUUGCCACCAAGUCAAAGUCAUUUGACGUCCACAAGGUGGUCAUGGCCUCCUGCAGUGAAUACGUUCGAAACAUCCUGAGGAAGGACUCCAGCCUCCAGAAGAUCGAUCUGAACGACCUCUCGCCCGUCGGCCUCGCCACCGCUAUCACGUACGCGUACUCUGGGAAGCUGACGCUGUCGCUGUACAGCAUCGGCAGCACCAUAGCAGCGGCCAUGCUGCUGCAGAUCGGCACCUUGGUGAAGAUGUGCAGCGACUUCCUCAUGCAGGAGCUCAGCGUGGAGAAUUGCAUGUACGUGGCCAACAUCGCGGACGCCUACGACCUCAAAGACACCAAGGAGGCCGCGCAGAAGUUCAUGCGGCACAACUUCAUCGAGUUUUCCGAAAUGGAGCAGUUCCUGAAACUCACCUACGAGCAGAUCAGCGAGUUCCUGUCGGACGACUCCCUGCAGCUUCCGUCCGAGAUCACAGCCUUCCAGAUCGCCAUGAAAUGGUUGGACUUCGACGAGAAGAGGCUGAAGUACGCGGCGGACCUCCUGACUCAGAUCCGCUUUGGCACAAUCUCUGCCCAGGACCUGGUGAACCAUGUCCAGAGCGUGCCCAGAAUGAUGCAAGACCCAGAGUGCCACCGUCUCCUUGUUGAUGCCAUGAAUUACCAUCUGCUGCCUUACCAACAGAACAUCCUCCAGUCACGCAGAACAAAGGUGCGCGGCGGCCUCAAGGUGAUACUCACGGUGGGCGGACGCCCUGCCUUGACAGAGAAGUCUCUCAGCAAAGACGUUCUGUACAGAGACGAGGACAACGUUUGGAAUAAGUUGACAGAAAUGCCAGCAAAGAGCUUCAACCAGUGCGUGGCAGUGCUGGACGGCUUCCUGUAUGUGACCGGUGGUGAGGACCAGAACGAUGCAAGGAACCAGGCCAAACAUGCUGUUAGCAACUUCUGCAGAUAUGAUCCUCGCUUCAAUGCAUGGAUUCACUUAACCAACAUGAUCCAGAGGCGCACCCACUUCAGCCUCAACACCUUCAACGGUCUGCUGUUUGCCAUCGGAGGGCGAAACGCCGACGGCGUUCAGGCCUCCAUGGAGUGCUAUGUGCCCUCCUCCAACCAGUGGCAGAUGAAAGCUCCCAUGGAGGUGCCUCGCUGCUGCCACGCCAGCUCCGUCAUCGACGGCAAGAUCCUCGUCUCCGGAGGCUACAUCAACAACGCCUACUCCCGGUCGGUGUGCUCGUACGACCCCUCCACCGACUCCUGGCAGGACAAGAGCAGCCUGAGCACCCCGCGGGGCUGGCACUGCGCCGCCACGGUGGGGGACCGGGCCUACGUCAUCGGCGGCAGUCAGCUGGGAGGCCGCGGGGAGAGGGUGGACGUCCUGGUCGUCGAGUCUUACAACCCGCACAGCGGGCAGUGGAGCUACUGCACGCCGCUCCUCACGGGCGUGAGCACGGCCGGCGUUUCCACGUUGAACAACAAGGUGUAUCUCCUCGGAGGCUGGAACGAGGGGGAGAAGAAGUACAAGAAAUGCAUUCAGGUGUACAACCCCGACCUCAAUGAAUGGACUGAAGAUGAUGAGUUGCCGGAAGCUACUGUCGGUAUUUCGUGCUGUGUGGUCACCAUACCCACGCGGAAAACGCGAGAGUCCAGAGCCAGCUCUGUUUCAUCUGCUCCAGUCAGUAUAUAAGGGUUUAGGGGUUAAUAAUGAUGUUAGGUACAUGUCUAAAGGGCUCCAGCACGUCCAGCAAAGGCUGCUGGUUCUAAACUUACCCCCUUAGUAGUCCGUCUUUUAGGGCACUAAGAUGAUCAGUUUUAAAUGGGCAUCAACGAGAGGAAUGCAUUUUGAAAUUUGGAAACACGCUGUUUAUAUAACAAUAUAACAUUUGAAAAUUAUUUCAAGAAUUGGAAACACAAACUGAUCACUGGUUUUAUUAUUUUCAGACUGGAAUUUCCUUUUGGGGCCAAUUCAACUGGGAUAACUUUAUUAGCCCUUUUAAUGUUAUUUAAAACACAAAAUAUAUAAAAAGAUCAAAAUCGUGUUGUUACUGACCUUAAUCUUUUACAAUCUGUCUUUUUCAUCCAGAGAGAUGGGAAUAAUAAUACUGGAUUCUGUGAGAAUGAUGUUAAAGCGCAACAAGUAUGGUGACUAUUACUACUGUGAUUCUCGAGAUACUUGAACAGAAUGAUGAGGUAAAAGAUGGAGCUGGAAAACUUUCUGGUACCACCUACAUGUGUCCCGUGUACAGUUUUCACUGUGUAGUGCUGCGUCAUAUGUGUGAUGGCCACAAACACUACAGACACAGGUUCUGUUGGGAAUGUGUUGGAAAGCUGAUGGUUGAAUGGGUUUAGAUGUGACAGCAGCAAAAUAUUUUGUAAAAAUGAAAAAUGUGACUCUAAGAAUACCGUCAGCCUGAGCUUUACUGGAAGUUAGUGCUCAUGAACUCCCUGACUGCUCAUGUAUUUUAGCUUUUUGUUUGUUUUUAAUUAAAGUGAAGUGUAAGCCACCCUGAGCCCUGGUCGUUUAUUCCUAAUGAGUUCCAUACGUGGAUAAAUGUUCACCACUGCUUUACGUGCAGUCACAGUAGUCACAACAUUUACUGGUUUUCCAAGAAAAUGUCAUGGAUUGUAUUCUGGGAAUGAUGUUAAAGGACCUAAAUCUUCUGAAUCCCUUUCAAUCAUCUUCUGAUUGUAUGGCUUGUUGUAUUUUCUCAAAAGUUCCAGGUCACUGAGAAACACCAUGGGAAAUAUCAGAUAGGAUGUUGAACAUCCAUCAGAGUUAAGAAUUACAUCACAGUCAAAUGGGAUUAGUUUGUGUACACUUGUCAGUGAAAAAUGUUCCACACCCAGAGAACCCUGAAGAGGCAGAUUAACUCAGAUUUUAGCGCUGAGCUCUUGGAUAAUGAUACCAAAAACAUGUCCAAACUAUGGUCAAAGAUCUAAAAUAUGUUGCAGUUUUAAUAGUUAUUGUGAAGUUUUAUAUACGAAUAUAGACAUUAACAAACUGUAGUUUGGUAGUAGUUAUGUUCUAGAUAAACUUAGAUCUGUGUUUUAUAUAUGUCACAGCUAAAAGCUCUCUGGUCUCUGGUGAACACAAUGAAACAGCUGUUGUCUUUAUAACUAUCUCAGCCUGAUUUGUUUUCAAUCAUACUGCCCCUCAUCAUUAUUUUCUGAACAGCUUUAUAUUCAUAAGCCUCGCAGGUGUGGAAAUUCAAAUAAGCCUAAUAUCAAGGCAGGUUUUGUCCUUAUGUGUGUAGAGGUAACAACAUACUGCAUUUAUCAGGUGAAAACAAAUGGUGGCAAUGAUUCAUUAUGUGGGUGCAGCGUAUUGAACUAUACCCUCUUUUGUCAGUCCACGCAGCUCACACACACCCUGUCAACAAAUGAAAUAAAAUGCUGUGUCAUUACAA